UCUUGCACUCUCUGGGGAGCUUUUUCCAGCAUCUCCUGUUUUGCUUCAGCUACUUUGGUUCCAGUUCUGAAGAAGCUAUCAUGAGUCGACAGUACAGUUCCAGAUCCUUCAACGGAAGACGGAGUUACUCAUCUCCCUCAGCCUUCAGCACUGGAUUUAGGGAUGGCAUCAGAAGUGGUGGCUACACCAGCAUAAGCCACUAUAAUAUGGGGCGAAGCAGGAAACUUUCUGGUGGAGGUCUUAGUGGAUAUGGAGGAAGUUCUGCUGGAUAUAGUACAGGCUUUAGGGAUUUUGGUAGCUUAGCUUAUAGUUCUGGGCCUGUGGAUUUGGGUCCUGGAACUGGCAGGUCUGGUGGUUUUAGUAGUGUAAGUACAGGAGGCCACAGCCGACUUGGAGGAUACAGCAGCCAAAGCCUUGGAGGUUUUAAUAGACGCGGGGGCUUCAGCAGCCGCAGUCUUGGUGGUGGUUAUAGCAGAAGCUAUAGGAUUUCAGGCUUUGGGACCCAAAGCCUAGGCAGCAGCUUCUAUAGCAGAGGUGCUGUUGCUGGUGAUGGUGGACCGUAUGAGCCCCUCAACCGCUACGGUGUAAGUGGCGGGAUCCACGGGGUCCGAGUCAAUGCAAACCUCUUGCGGCCCCUCUGCAUACAGGUUGACCCAGAGAUCUCUCGAGUGAAAGAGGAAGAGCGAGAUCAGAUCAAAACCCUCAAUGACCAGUUUGCUGGUUUCAUCGACAAGGUUAGGCACUUGGAGCAACAGAACAAACUUUUGGAAACUAAGUGGACCUGCCUUCAGCAAGCAGAACCUGAACAAAAGAACACUAUUGAACCCAUGUUUGAUAACUACAUCGCCACCCUGAAUAGGCAGCUGGGGAUUUUGUUGAAUGAACGGGAACAGCUACAGUCGGAGCAAACCAAAUUCCAGGAUCUAGUUGAAGAAUAUAAAAGCAGGUACGAAGAGGAAAUUAAUCGACGUGUGUCUGCAGAAAACCAAUUUGUUGAGCUGAAAAAGGAUGUCGAUGGUGCAUAUGCUUCUAAGGUGGAGCUGGAGGUGAAACUGGAAACCCUAAGACAGGACCUAGAUUUCUUCAGAUGUUUCUAUGAGACGGAACUGGAGAUCCUGAAUUCCAUGACUUAUGACACCAGCGUUGUUGUAUCCAUGGACAACAAUCGAGACUUCGACAUGGAAGGAAUCAUUGCUUCUGUGAAAAAUCAGUAUGAGGAGAUUGCCCAGAGGAGCAAGGAUGAAGUCAAUAUUCUGUAUGCCACCAAGUACCAAGAGCUGCAGGAUACCUGGGGACGUCAUUGCAACAACGUGACAACCAGCCGCCAAGAAAUUCAAGACCUGACUUCCCUUAUCAAGAGACUCAAGGCUGAUAUGGAAAAUGCCAAAAAACAGGUUGAGGCAUUACAGUCAUCUAUUGCUGAGACUGAGGAACGAGGGGAGAGCGCCUUGAAGGAUGCCAAAGAAAAACAUGCUGAGGUGGAGCAGGCCAUGCAGACUGCUAAGGAUGAGCUUGCUCGCCUGCUCAGAGAUUACCAGGAUCUACUGAAUGUCAAGAUGGCUCUGGAUAUUGAGAUUGCCAUGUACAAGACUUUGCUGGAGGGAGAAGAGAACAGGUUAUGCAAUUCUACUUCCGUUAACAUAUCUGUAACUGGUAGAUCUGCACAUGAUGGCAGAAUUCGUGGAGACGGGUUUGGAGUGAGAGCAGACUACGGCUCUACAUCAGGAGGAAUACCCAGUUCCAGAAAUGCAAGGCAUCACAGAACUGGGUACAGUUCUAGGAGUGGAGGAAUCCCUUCCCGAAGCUCAGUUGAGCACUCUGCUAUCAGUAUUGGUGCAAGAAGCAGUGGUGAUAGUCCUAGGAGCAGGGGAUACAGUUCCAGAAGUGGGGGUCAUGGAGCGCACAGGGCACGCAUUUCCUCUGCAGGUGAUCCUCCAGCCACCUCUAGGGAAAUUCGUCGUAGCUCUUCACGUGAAGGCCGUGCUGCUGACCAUACAAGAAGCAGCACUAGCUAUUCCACUGGUGCCAGCAGAUCUGCUGACCACGCAAGAAGUGGUAGCCAUGGCUAUUCCCCUGAUGCCAGAGGGGAUCGCAGAGAUGUGAGUGGAUGCCGCAUAGUCCAUGGAGGGCACUGCUCCAUCAUCAGAUAAACUUCAGGCCCAGAAUGUUGUUUGGGGAGGGGGCGUGUUCUUCUGCUGCUCUGAUUAAAAAAAACCACUAUCUAUUAAUGCAUCAGUGCAAUUGGUUAUGAAACCCAUAAAUGAGAGCUCUGCACAUUUGCUUCCUUUCAACCUUUAGCAUCUUUGUAUGUCAGCAAGAUAUGUUGAUCUACAAUACAGUGACUGAAUCUUCAUCCCUCCAAAAAUGGAAAUCAGAGUUGAUCUACAUGUUAUGGUUGUGGCUGCCAGGAUGCCGCAGAGUACGUUCUCCACCCCUUCCGGCAAAAAACGUUUACAAACUCUUAUCAUAUAAUGUGGCAGCAUCACUUCAUGAGUCUCCAUGAUUCUGCUCCAUGCCAAUGGAGGCAGCUGGGACAGGCCCAUGGGCAUGCACACACCAACAAUAAUCCUUUACCACAUGGUAAGAGCUUGAAAACAUUACGGCUGGGGGUAGAAGUGGAGAAUUCAUCUUGGAGGUGUUUUUAGCAGUACCUGUCCCCACUCUGUCACCACAAUGUGCAGACCAGUCCUAAGCUACCUUGAUUUCAGAGGGAUUACUUAAGCAGUCUGCAUCAGAAGCAAAAUACAGGGAGAGUGGGGGGAGGGAGGGGAUUUUACUUCUGCUUAGCCUGUUUAAGCACACUGAACCUAAGUAUGAGUUCUUUAGCCUAAGACUUCCUGAUUCAAACACUGAAAUCAAUGGGACUUACUGUGAAGGUCAAAUUACUCGAGACCACUUUGUGAGGAUUAUUUAUCCAUCAGCAGCACUCUUUAACCAGCCCCCUGAACUGACAACUAAUUAAAUUGGGAAAUGGAAUCUAAUGGGUGACGUGGGAGUUUUAAACCUAUAUUAGUGAUUGUGAACAAAUGCAGAGCUAUGGGGAUGUAGUUUUUCAAAGUGGGGCAGGAGAAUCAAUCUGGUGCUGUUGGCUGCUAUAAGAACUCUGAUAUCUGCUGACUUCCCUUCAGUGAGGCAGCUUGGGCCUCCCCCUUCACCACCAGACUCCAGGCCUUCAGCCAGCUUGAUUCUUGCCUGCCUGUCUCCAGAUUGCUUGUCUGUCCUUGGGGCUGAGUGCUCGAUGGCUCAGCCUUUUACUUGUGUUCCAGUAUUUCACUCCUGGUAGCAUUCUUCCUGUCCUUAUGCUUUGGGAGGUCCUUCAGGAACUGGAUUUCAUCAUUUUUUGGAUGACAUGACCUGUGAUUAUGGCAUAUGAUGCAGCAAGCUAGCUGAAGCUGGGCAGGUCUAGGUCUAGUUAGUAUUUGCAUGGGAGACUACCUGGAAACCUCAUGAAUACUGCUGUGCGUUCCAUGGAAGAAAGCCUGGAGGGAUAUUGUCAUGUCUAAUAACAAAGUCCAGGCCCUUGUGCAGAUAACUAGAGUGGUGCAUGACCACCAUAUCAGGGGAAUCUCCCUGCAAAAGAAUCAGCCAGGCUGUGUGCAUAAAGACCAGAGAAACAAGAGGCAGGGGCUUUGCCAUCCAGUGAGGUUACUACAGAAACCAAAAUGGCAAUGGAGUUCUCAAGGAAUUCCCUCAGGUGCCUGGCAGACAGUGAAGCAUCCGCCUUGCAUUCCACGGUAGGGCCUAGCGAAGGUGGGUUCCCUCAACGUAAUAUCAGCUGAGUUUAGGGGUGUUCUAGAUGUAGCUGAACAGAGUUGAGAGGAGAGGAUGGAAGAAGUUAAAGGGAGGGGGAACUAGGAUAUGAGGCCCUGUCAGGGACUGGACAAGGGAAAGAAAUGAUACAAAGGGCUCUCAGGGGUGGAACGCUGGGAGAUGAGAAGGGUAGAAGAGGUAUUCUUGGAGGAGGAGGCAGUGCUGUAGGGGAAAUGAUAAUGGGAUGACAGGUAGCGG